UGUAACUGAGUACAUUUCAGUACAAUCUUGAAGUACUUGUACUUUCCUUGAAUAUUUCUGCUGCUUUAUACUUCUGCUCUGUAUCUGCCUAUAUUUGACUGUUUACUUCACUACGUGUUGUUACUUUUCAGAUUCAGAUUCACUAUUAAACAUUCAACUUCCUCAAAGUGUAUAAAACAGUUCAAAGUGGCUCCACCUCAGCCAGCUACAACACAGAGUUGUAGUUACACAUCAGUGACACAAUAAUAAAGUAAUAAUAUAACAGUGACAGCAGCCGUUCAGAUACACUUUGGUCUCAGAGAUGAAGUAGAAUAUUUGUUGCUGCCACAUUAGUUUGUCUGAAGUUCAGGUUCGCCUCUGUGGACUUUGGGCUCCUUAUCGAGGUUGAAGGUUCAGCUUUAUUGUCUUUAUACAACACAGGAUGGCUCAAUACAAUACAGCUGUAGCUCCUCCACACUGCACACACAGAACAGGUCUGAACAAAUACUCAGAAUAUUUUAAAUCUGCACUUCACUGCAGCUUCAUGACGCCAUCUAGUGGCCUGAUAGUAGAAGUCCAGCAGCUGAUGGCAGCUUCCUCUGCCUCACUGCUGUCUGACUGCAUUCAGCUGACACUGAUAUGAAACAGAAAGUAACAGCCAAUCACUGGAGGAGCAGCUGAUCUUCUUACAGGAGAAAUGAUGGAAAGGAGGAUUUCAGUUGAUGUGCAGAUGAAGGAUUUGUGUUUCCUCUCCAGAUCAAACUGUGUGUGAGCUGAUGUGGAUGUGAGUUCAGCAGCAUGAAUCAGUGUGAGGACAGAGAGGAGGGAGCCCCUCCCUCUAAAACCAGUCUGUGUGGGGAACAUGGCAGCCAGACCAGAGCUCAGAGGCCAGAGCAGCAGAGACCAGACUCUGCUGGACCUGGACCUGAGCCCAGCUGUGUGUCCUUCAAGAGUGACCAGUCAAAGGAUAUUAUUAAUGAUUUUAAACGAGGACAUGUCUCUGCCAGACAGAUCUAUGGGGGACCAGCCUUUGCUGAACCUGAACCUGGACCUGAGCCCAGCUGUGUGUCCUUCAAGAGUGACCGGUCAAAGGGUCGCCUCAAUGAUUUUAAAGGACGACAGCCCUCUGCUGCAAAGAGAGUCGACCAGGAGAGCUCAGAGGUUCCCAGUGGUCAGUCUGCCCAGCAGCAUCAAACACACCUGGACUCCAUAUUUAUGCUGCUGGAGGAGAACAUUGUCGCUUUUGUGAAGAACGAGCUGAAGAAGAUCCAGAAGGUUCUGAGUUCAGAUUACCCAGAAUGCUUAGAGAGUCAGAGGGAGGAUGAGGAGGUGUUGGGUGGGGAGGAGGAAGAGCAGAGGAGGAGCAGCAGAGAGGCAUUUCUGAAGAUCACACUGCACUUCCUGAGGAGAAUGAAGCAGGAGGAGCUGGCUGACUGUCUGCAGAGCGGAAGUCAUUCUGGAGUUUGUCAGCGUAAACUUCAAUCUAACCUGAAGCAGAAGUUCCAGUGUGUGUUUGAGGGGAUCGCUAAAGCAGGAAACCGAACCCUUCUGAACCAGAUCUACACAGAGCUCUACAUCACAGAGGGAGGGACUGCAGAGGUCAAUGAUGAACAUGAGGUCAGACAGAUUGAAACAGCAUCCAGGAAACCAGACAGACCAGAAACAACAAUCAGACAUGAAGACAUCUUUAAACCCUCACCUGGAAGAGAUGAACCAAUCAGAACAGUGAUGACAAAGGGAGUGGCUGGCAUUGGGAAAACAGUCUUAACACAGAAGUUCACUCUGGACUGGGCUGAAGACAAAGCCAACCAGAACAUACACUUCACAUUUCCAUUCACCUUCAGAGAGCUGAAUGUGCUGAAAGAGGAAAAGUACAGCUUGGUGGAACUUGUUCAUCACUUCUUUACUGAAACCAAAGAAGCAGGAAUCUGCAGGUUUGAAGAGUUCCAGGUUUUGUUCAUUUUUGACGGUCUGGAUGAGUGUCGACUUCCUCUGGACUUCCACAACAAUGAGAUACUGACUGAUGUUAUAAAGUCCACCUCAGUGGAUGUGCUGCUGACAAACCUCAUCAGGGGGAACCUGCUUCCCUCUGCUCGCCUCUGGAUAACCACACGACCUGCAGCAGCCAAUCAGAUCCCUCCUGAGUGUGUUGACAUGGUAACAGAGGUCAGAGGGUUCACUGACCCACAGAAGGAGGAGUACUUCAGGAAGAGAUUCAGAGAUGAGGAUCAGGCCAGCAGCAUCAUCUCCCACAUCAAGACAUCACGAAGCCUCCACAUCAUGUGCCACAUCCCAGUCUUCUGCUGGAUCACUGCUACAGUUCUGGAGGAUGUGUUGAAGACCAGAGAGGGAGGAGAGCUGCCCAAGACCCUGACUGAGAUGUACAUCCACUUCCUGGUGAUUCAGUCCAAACUGAAGAAUGUCAAGUAUGAUGGAGGAGCUGAGACAGAUCCACACUGGAGUCCAGAGAGCAGGAAGAUGAUUGAGUCUCUGGGAAAACUGUCUUUUGAGCAGCUGCAGAAAGGCAACCUGAUCUUCUAUGAAUCAGACCUGACAGAGUGUGGCAUCGAUAUCAGAGCAGCCUCAGUGUGCUCAGGAGUGUUCACACAGAUCUUUAGAGAGGAGAGAGGGCUGUACCAGGACAAGGUGUUCUGCUUCGUCCAUCUGAGCAUUCAGGAGUUUCUGGCUGCUCUUCAUGUCCAUCUGACCUUCAUCAGCUCUGGUGUCAAUCUGCUGUCAGAACAACAAUCAACCUACCAUGAAUCCACAGUGACACAGUUCUACCAGAGUGCUGUGGAGGAGGCCUUACAGAGCCCAAAUGGACACUUGGACUUGUUCCUCCGCUUCCUCCUGGGACUUUCACUGCAGACCAAUCAAACUCUCCUACAAGGCCUGCUGACACAGACAGGAAGUGUCUCAAAAAACAGUCAGGAAACAGUCGAGUACAUCAAGAAGAAGAUCGAAGAGACUCCCUCUGCAGAGAAAAGCAUCAAUCUGUUCCACUGUCUAAAUGAACUGAAUGAUCGUUCUCUAGUGGAGGAGAUCCAACAGUCCCUUAGUUCAGGAAGUCUCUCCACAGAUGAACUGUCUCCUGCUCAGUGGUCAGCUCUGGUCUUCAUCUUACUGUCAUCAGAAAAUCUGGAUGUGUUUGACCUGAAGAAAUACUCUGCUUCAGAGGAGGCUCUUCUGAGGCUGCUGCCAGUGUUCAAAGCCUCCAACAAAGCUCUACUGAGUGGCUGUAACCUCUCAGAGAGAAGCUGUGAAGCUCUGUCCUCGGUUCUCAGCUCCCAGUCCUCUAGUCUGAGAGAGCUGGACCUGAGUAACAACAACCUGCAGGAUUCAGGAGUGAAGCUGCUGACAGCUGGACUUGAGAGUCCACAUUGUAAAUUGGAAACUCUCAGAAUAAGUUGCUGCCACCUCUCAGAGAGAAGCUGUGAAGCUUUGUCCUCAGUUCUCAGCUCCCAGUCCUCUAGUCUGAGAGAGCUGGACCUGAGUAACAACGACCUGCAGGAUUCAGGAGUGAUGCUGCUGACAGCUGGACUGGAGAGUCCACAUUGUAAACUGGAAACUCUCAGACUGAGUGGCUGUAACCUCUCAAAGAGAAGCUGUGACGCACUGUCCUCAGUUCUCAGCCCCCAGUCCUCUAGUCUGAGAGAGCUGGACCUGAGUAACAACGACCUGCAGGAUUCAGGAGUGAAGCUGCUGACAGCUGGACUGGAGAGUCCACAUUGUAAACUGGAAACUCUCAGACUGAGUGGCUGUAACCUCUCAAAGAGAAGCUAUGAAGCUCUGUCCUCGUUUCUCAGCUCCCAGUCCUCUAGUCUGAGAGAGCUGGACCUGAGUAACAACGACCUGCAGGAUUCAAGAUUGAAGCUGCUGACGGCUGGAUUGGAGAGUCCACAUUGUAAACUGGAAACUCUCAGACUGAGUGACUGUAACCUCUCACGGAGAAGCUGUGAAGCUCUGUCCUUGGUUCUCAGCUCCCAGUCCUCUAGUCUGAGAGAUCUGGACCUGAGUAACAACAACCUGCAGGAUUCAGGAGUGAAGCUGCUGAUGGCUGGACUGGAGAGUCCACAUUGUAAACUGGAAACUCUCAGGCUGUCAGGCUGUCUGAUCACAGCCCGAGGCUGUGCUUCUCUGGCCUCAGCUCUGAGCUCCAACCCCUCCCAUCUGAGAGAGCUGGACCUGAGCUACAAUCAUCCAGGAGACUCAGGAGUGAAGCUGCUGUCUGCUGGACUGGAGGAUCCACACUGGAGACUGGACACUCUCAGGGUGGAGCCCGGUGGAGUCCGAUGGCUGAGACCAGGUCUGAGGAAGUAUUCCUGUGAACUCACACUUGACACAAACACAGCGAACAGAAAGAUCAAACUGUCUCACAAGAACAGGAAGGCGACACGUGUGGAAGAGGAUCAGCCAUAUCCUGAUCAUCCAGACAGGUUUUACUGGUGUCAGGUGCUGUGUAGAAAUGGUCUGACUGGUUGCUGUUACUGGGAGGUCGAGUGGAGAGGAUGGGUUGAUAUAUCAGUGAGUUACAGAGGAAUCAGCAGGAGAGGAGACAGAGAUGACUGUGUACUUGGAGAGAAUGAUCAGUCCUGGAGUCUGAGUUGCUCUGAUGAUGGUGGUUACUCGGUCUGUCACAAUAACAGAAGAACAUCCAUCUCCUCUCCCUCUGUCUCUCACAGAGUAGCAGUGUAUGUGGACUGUCCUGCUGGCAUUCUGUCCUUUUACAGAGUCUCCUCUGACACACUGAUCCACCUCCACACCUUCAACACCACAUUCACUGAACCUCUUUAUCCUGGCUUUGGGUUUGGGUUUGCGUUCUGGUCCAGGUCUGUUUCCUCAGUGUCUCUGUGUUCUCUGUAGGAGGGAGAGUCUCCUCCUGUUAGAGAAACACAUCAGUUGAGUCUGUACAGGAUCACAGCUACAGAAAUCUUUCAGGUUAUUGUCAUAAAUUCAUCAGUGAACUCAAAGUGAUUUUCAAAGAUUCCUCAUUUCCACUGUAAACUUGCUCCACUUCCAGUCCUUUAAAGAUGGCCGCUCUGAUCAUUAAAUGGUGGAAAUGCUGUUGACUUGUUCCUUCUGUCAUGUGUUGUUUUGAAUUCUGGCUCUUGUUCCAAUAAAAGCAGAACGUUACUGUGA